AUGGACCUUGACAACAUCGAGGAAUUCAACGGGACACAUGACUUUGGAACAAAUACUUUCUGGAACUUUGACAGUUUCCGUUCCGAUACCGAGAUGCCGUUUCAGGCAGAGCCAGACUCCGCCGAGCCCUUCGAUGCCGAUAUAUCGAUGAACUUUGAGGUUUGUCCUCCAUCAGACAAGGACAUUCAUGAUGAAGACAUGAUAGAUGCCGAUGCCGAAGAAGACGGAUCCUCCUACGAGAUUCUGGUUCAGAAGAGGGUCAACCAUAGCUUCGCCAUCCCCAACGCGAAGUGUCUUGACAUCGACCCUUCCAGUUUGAGUCGGUAUUUUCAUCACGCACGGCCCAAGUCCAACUCAGCAAUCAUCGAGGAAGACUUGAAUAAUUUCGCAGGGCUUCAAUCAGCCGUGUGCAAGUUCCCCGGCCACAGACGCCAAGACAUGUCCUAUGCCUGUGGUGCAAGUGAGGAACGCCGAAUCUAUCACAAGGCCGUGCGUGUGAACAGGGGGCUACGUUAUGAGGCCCAUAUUCCAAGCAUGAAAGUCAUACAGAAAAAGCGCGGCUCGGAGUUCUUGUAUAAUACCAUCUUGAAGAUGAAUGAGGAUGAAGAACUGGGAUUAGAUGUGUUUUCACGGAUAAAGCUGAAGCAAAAAAUGGAGAUAGACGAGUCGCAUAGACGACACCAAGGUUGA